ACUGCCCCGUGCAUAAAGACCAAGCGGAAACCCCCCGCAUGCAUCCUCUGCCUUCAUCCUCUGCUGUCUCUCUGGACAGUUCCAGUCCUGCAUCCUCCUGUUCUCGCUGUUUCCAAACAUCGUCGGCUGCUUGCGUUCUCAGUCACAACAUUGCGCUCCGACCCCAGCUGCCCACUGCUACUCCAAACUGACAGCCGCCUAGGCUCGGGUGGAGUUCCUUUCGUCUGGCUAAGGGAGAUCCGCGAGAGAAGGGGCGGUGCUGGCUGUAGGAGGCGGAUUGGGCGGAGAAGGGACCGUAGAGAAGCUGAGGCCGACUGUCACCAAGCUCCCGCCCCCUACGUGCAUUUGCUUUGGCUCGGUCUUCUCCACUUCCUUUACGGUCUCCUGCCUCCGCCCGCGCGCGGCCGCGGGCCUUCGCUUCUCUGCUCCGCUGAUCUACGCGGGUGGGCAGCGGGGUCUGGGACGGCUGGAGCUGCGGAGGAAGUCUAGAGCAGCAAGAAGUAAACAGAGACAUGUGAAAUACAGAGUUGGUUUAUUCUGUUUACCACCUCGGUGAGAAAGCUUGAACAGAGAAGAAAGCAGGAUGGUGAAAAUGGAGACCUCCAGUACAUCCAAAGAUUUGCAGGAGCUGCAGAGGAAGCUAGUUUCAUUGAUCAAUUCCAUCCAGAGCAACUCUAAGGUGAUUGCCUUUAUGAACUCUCCAGUUGGUCAAUACCUAGAUAAACAUCCCUUUGUUGCCUUAACCUUGCUGAUGUUUAUUAUGGUAUCUUCCAUUCCUGUUGGAUUCUUCCUGCUGCUUGUGGUCUUGAUGUCUCUGGCAGCCUGUGUUGGAGUUAUAUUAGUGGAAGGAUUCGUUAUAUCUGUGGGCGGCCUCACCUUGCUUUGUGUACUAUGUGGCUUAGGUUUUGUGUCCCUGGCCAUAUCUGGAACACUCAGUGUGUGCUACGUGGUGCUCUCAAGCCUCACCAACUAUUGGUUCUCUUUCAGCACGCUAAAGCAUCAGCAAAUCCUUGGAAACAAGUGCCCAGUGACCGUCCAAAAUCCUGACUCUACAAGACAUGACUGAAACCAAGACUUUAUUUUAAAGGCUUUAGGGGUCAUAUUGUGUUUACGACAUUGGAUUAUGGCUUUUUUCAGGGUGCAGGACUAAUAGGAUUAGUAGGUGAUCACCACCAUAGAAAUAUUCUUUAGUAUUUUCAGGUUGAUUGUUGAAGGAUCUCUGGGACAACAGGAUGCUGGCAGAUUCACACGGUCCCUUCAUGUUGUUGACACAGCUACAGUCAGGAAGGCUUUAUCAAGGGGCCAUAUCCACAAGAGCAGUACCAGCAAGUCUUGAAAAUGACACAAUUCCCUCCUUUUCCCCAUCCUUCUUCCAAAGUAAAAAAAAAAAAAAUCUUCUCCCAAACAGGGAGGCUGCUAGUAUUUUGAAAAAUCCCAAAUCUAAGCCUUAAGACAUCUUCCUAGGGGCUCGACUUGUAAAGAUGUGGGACUUUAUUCAAAACAUAUUGGCUACUUAUUGUGUCUUCUUCCAUUUGGAGUCUGGUAAUGAAGAGAAAAACACUUUAAGCCUUAAUUGUUUUUAUCACAAUAAUAAUAUGGAGGUACUUUAGCAGCCACUUGUUCAAGACUGAAAUUCUCUUAUUGGAAUUUAUUGUUAAAGAUAUUUGACUGUAAGGAAUACACUCCAAAUGUGUACUGUUAAUCUUUUUUAAUGGUUUAAAAAAAGUAUUUGUGCAUUAAUUUGGGUGGGAUAUUGUUUAAAGAGUUUGCUCUAUUCGUCUGUUUCCUGGAAAAUAUAUGUAAAAGGACUUAUGUUAGCACUUCUGUUCCUGUGGUGAUGCAUUAUUUGCCAUGUUACUUUAUUAAACUAAAUUCUAUUUAUUUA